GUAUUUUUGUGGUUAAUUGUUUAGGUAAACUUCACAAAAAGAAAAUCUUCGCGUCAUCAAAAGUAAAAUUUACUGAAAAGCGGUGGAAAAAGUGAAAAGUGGGCAAUUAAAUUAAGUUCAUUUGAGUCAAUUGACUCCAUAGAACAUCAUUGAAGUAUUAUUUUCAACGAAAAAAGAAUCAACAACAAUGGCUUUACCACAAAAUUACAAGCAAAUCGCAAUGAAUUUGCCGAGUGGUGCACCUUCUCGUGAGUCGAUAGAAAAUCAUGCAUUUAAAACAAGAACAUAUAUGAUGUCGCCUGUCGCACCGGUUUCUUUCAACAUUCUUAAAGAACGUCUACGAGCUUCGGGUGGUUCAUCCUCCAAUGAUCGUGGGAAGGACAAUGCAAGCCCAUUUGUGCAUUCAUCGCACAGCAAUCCAGCUUUUACGCCCCAGAAAGUUGGAAAAGGAGGAGUUUCGGUUGAUCCUCGUGCGCCGAAACCCCCAAAACCUCCAGAGAAGCCAAUUAUGCCCUACAUGCGGUAUUCUCGCAAGAUCUGGGAUAGCGUCAAGGCGGCAAAUCCUGAGCUUAAAUUGUGGGAAAUUGGAAAAAUAAUUGGGCAAAUGUGGCGUGAUGCAUCUGAUGCGGAAAAGCAAGAAUUUAUUGAUGAAUACGAAGCCGAAAAGGCCGUUUAUUUAGAGAGUUUGAAAAAUUACCAUUCAACACCUGAAUAUUUGACAUGGCAUCGGUACCAUUCGAAUAAAUUGAAAGCUGGCACUGAUGCUGAUCCACAUGAGACACCACGUUCGAGUUCCAAAAGCCAACAGCAGGAACGUCGAAUUGAUAUUCAACCAGCUGAAGAUGAAGAAGAUCAAGAUGAUGGGUAUUCAUUUAAACAUGUUGCCUAUGCUCGCUUCUUGCGCAAUCAUCGCUUGAUAAAUGAGAUUUUCUCCGAUGCUGUGGUUCCUGAUGUACGUUCUGUCGUCACUACACAGCGUAUGCAGGUUCUCAAGCGUCAAGUACAAUCACUUACAAUGCAUCAGAUGAAACUUGAAGCUGAAUUGCAGCAAAUUGAGGAGAAAUUUGAGGCAAAAAAGCGCAAAUUUGUCGAGUCAAGUGAACAAUUUCAGGAGGAAUUGAAGAAGCACUGCAAACCAGCUGUGGAUGAAGAGACUUUCCAGCGAAUGGUUGAACGUCAAUAUGAGACAAUGCGACGUGAAAGGAUGCGCCAACUUGAGGAACCAAAUUCCUCCACGGCUCGUCCACCGCAGCCAAAAGCUGAAGAAACGGAAACUGUAGUUGCUCCACAACCAGCAAGCAACACAACAGCUUCACCUCCGUCAGAUUCUCAGCCAUCCCAGCAAUCUGAGCCAAUGGAAACUGAUGCACCAACUAAAUGCAAUGAAGUCACUGAAACAAAACCCGUUGAUGCCCAUCAUGCACCACAGAAUGUUCAGGGAGCUUCGAAUAGUGUGUCAGGACCUAUUAAGGCUCCUUCCACAAGUGCACCGAUUGUAAAUGAGGACUCACAGGCUCCACAAUCAUCGUCGCCACCACAGCAAAGUGCUCCUCCGCCACAGGCACCACCAGCAGCUCAGGUGAAUACACCACUUGAGCCACCACCGCAGCAGAAUCAGUUUAAAGUAAAUGAACAGGAGAAGAUGGAAAUUGAUCCACCAACAAGUCAACCAAGUGCUGCACCGCCAUCGGUUGUUGAGCAGAAACCCGAAGUUGUUGGCCCACCACCAGUGAUCCACCCAAAUUAUCCUCCCCCGCAGGCUCCACCAGCUGUAUCAACUGCACCUCCUCAUGCUAUUCCCCCAGGACAUCCACCAACAUCAAAUGCUGCAGGUCCACCACCGCCGCAGCAAGCGCAAGAACCUCAAAUUCCACCUACUCAGGUGUCCCAGCCACCGACCCAUCAUCCACCACCUCCUCCACCUCAUCACAUGGGCCCACACAGCCACUUAUCUCAUGCUGGAAUUCCUCCUCAUCCGGGAUUACCGUCUCAUCCCACUUAUGGGGGUUAUCCUCCCCCUCCAGGAGGUCCCCAUCGCACUUCCUACUACGCCCCAUACGGUGGAGGACAUCCACAGCAACCAUACGGUUAUCCUUACUACCCAUCUCAUCAGUACGGGCCACCUCCUCCGUCUCACUACAUGGGUCCUCGUCCUGGUGGUCCACCUCCAAUGCAUUAUCCCGACCAUGGUGCCCCUCCGCCACAGGGGCAUCAGGCUCCAAUGGAUGCUGGUCCCCCACCCCAUGCUCCCUACUCUCAAGCCCCCGCUGUGCCACCAUCAAUGCCAGCUCCAGCUAAUCAAUCCGCAGAAGAAGAAUCAAAACGUGACCAGGAUGAGAAUCAUGAUAAGAAAGAUUAGAAUAAAUAAAGGUUUUGAUAUAUUUUGAUGUAAUUUUGAAUUACAAAUUGCACGUUAAUCUAGAAAUAAUAUAAAAGAAAAUGGAAUAAGGAACUACUUAUAUAAGAAUUUUAAGUAUAAUAAGAUUAGAAACAGAGGGAGGAUACCAGGGCUAAUAAAGUCGAACAAGGGUUCAGGAAAAGCUCAAAAUAUCUAUUGAAAAAAAGUCUGAGAAAAAAGUUCUAGGACAGGAAAUUCCUUAUAAGAUUCUUUCCGACAAAAAAAAUAUUUUUAGCUUUUCAAAGACUAUUUAUCAGACUUUAUAAGCCCUGGUCUCCCCUAUGCAUAACUCUAAAAUUAUAUUCUAAGCUUAUAGAAUAAUUAUUGUGCGUAAAUAUUUGUCUAAUUAACAUUUUGUUUUGGUAAGUUAAAUGGAAUUCAUUAGCCUUUCGGAACAACAAAAUAAUUUAGUAUCACAACCACACUUUUAAAUGAAAAUUACUUUAUGUUAUAAAAGAAAAUUUCUCAUGAUUAGAACAAGAGUAACAAGACUAUUUACUCUAUGAAGUUUUUUUUGUCAUUUUAAGCGUUUUUCUUCCUAUUUUGAAAAGGCGUAAAAAGAUUUAAUUUUAUUGAAAUUGCUUGACUUUAAUUCAUGAGAAAAAAAUUGACCGAAAUAAUACAUUCUUAAAUGCUUUUUAAGAACUUUUAAAAACUUCUUAUUCAUACACCUAUUCCUACAUUAGAAGCACCUAACAUCUCCUUAAAUUCACAACCAAUAAUGUUAGAAACUUUCUUGAAUUCCUUGAAUUUUUCACGUGUCAAAGUUUAGGAAAAAUAUGUCAUUAAAUUGAUUGAUUCAGAUCUAAUAAAAUUCAGGAUCUAUUCUUAAAAUUAUCCGCUGAGUCCACACAAUGGAGGACAGACUAUUGGUUAAAUAUAGUAAUAAUCUGUGUAUUAUCGAAUAAAAUAUUUGUUUUUCAUCUUGAUAAGACGAAAAAAAUAAGCGAAUAAAAUUUAAUUUAAUUUUCAGUAAGAAAAAAAAAUAAGUAAAGCUUUCUUUAGGAUGAAAGAAUCGAGUAAAUAGAAAUAAAGGAUCGUAUUCAGAGACUAAAGAAUCCUUGAAAUUUCAAGAAUUUCUUCUGAAAUUCCAACGAUUUCAAGGAUUUCUUGGUCCCUAAAAACGAACCAAAAUUGAAGAUAAAUAAUAAAACAAAAUAAAAUACAAUUUAGAAACAUUUCUCUUUAUUUCUAAUCACAUUUGUCCUAAAAUGUUAUCACAAUCAAUAUAAAUUUACUACUUUUACUACUUGUAGUGGGUAGAAAAAAAUUAGCAUCUCUCUCUGAACUCAUUAGAUGAUUAAUCUUACUGUAUCAAAAAAAAACUUUGAUGAAAUAAAAUUAUAAUCGUGAAAA